CUGCACUGAAAGUUUUAAAUUUUGCCAUAUAUCAUAAAGAAUUGACUGAAAUGGAGGAGCGCGAGCAUGAAAAAGAGAAAGAAACUGAGAGCAAACGCAGAGCUGAUCGUCGCUCAGAUGAUCAUGAUACACCAGACAGUGGUGCAGCUGGUAAAGGAGGCCCAACAAUCGAUGCCAUGGAUGUAGAUGACCCUCCAACCCAAUCUGCUGGUGAACUUUCUCCAGAGAGAAUAGAAGCAUUCAAUUCUUUAUUUGGCCAGCAUAUGCGGGCCAAUCACUUGGAUACAUUAUCCAUUGACGGAAUAGAGGAGGCUGUCAACUCCAGGGCCGAUGUCCGCUACACAAGGGCAGAGAUAAAUGUCCUAUUAGAGAAACUACAAGAUGCUAACCGAGUGAUGAUAGCUGCCGAUGGAAUGGUGCAUAUGAUAUCUUGAGUUGGGUACUAAAUGAUGACCAUUUUCAAUGGCUAAAUCUGGUCAGUUGUAGUAUAAAUUCUUAAACUGUAUUGUUCAGAUGUGGCUGAGAUGACCAACUGGAUACCAGGGCAGCCUAAUUCAGUGUCUCUCGGCUGAUGAUAUUGAUGAAGAAGCAUUUGUUUAGUUAUGAACUGCCUUCAUUUCGGCUUAAGAAAGACCCAAAAGUGGAAGAAGAAUUGCAAUUAUGAACUAAUUCCAUCCUUUUUCUUCUUUUUUUCAGACAAGUUUCCAUUAGCUUUAGUUGUACUCCUAGCUUAUUAUUCUCUUGCGUUGUGAACUUAGAAUGGUUAUUUGAGACAAAUCCCUCCUAACCUGUUGCAUGGCAUUUUAUACAUA